GUGUCGGCAAGAAUGUCACCAACUGGAGACCACGUUUUGGUAUAAAAUGCCACAAUUUUUCCCCAAAAAGGUACAAACCGUUAUUCAACCCAAGUUAAUUAACAACUUCUUCGCAACUCAUCUCAUCUAAACAGAAAAAUGGCCAGAAUUGUUGCAGCAGUCGCUUUCAUCGUCGCCGCCUUGGUGGUCGUCGCUUGUGCGGCAGAGGAAAAGAAAAAUGACCUUUCGACAGCUUCUAGCGUAGGAUUUGGUUACGGAGCUGGUCUUUACGGGGCUGGGCUUUACGGUCACGGUUUGUACGGAGGGUACGGGGGACUUGGUCUGGGCUACGCCAAGGGACUCGGACUUGGAUAUGGUCUUGGCUACGGGUACGGAAAAGGGUUCGGAUUCGGACACGGAUUAGGCCUUGGAUAUGGCUACGGAUUGGGAGGGUUCUACGGUUAAGACGAAGUUCCGAAUAAUCUGGGGGAAGAAUUUUGUAUAAAUUUUGUAUAAAAAUGAGAAUUGGAAUAAAAUAUAAUUGGAAUUUUUUGAGUGGAAUUUUAAA